GGCGAAGCAAACUUUAGGUGCUGACCGACCAUAGAUCCCAUCCCGUUGACUCAUAAUGAUGAGUGAGUGGUUCAUCGUUUUGUUUAUUCUUUAGUUCCAACACCACAAUUUAGCAUUAUGCGUGUAGUAAAGAUCAUCAUUCAUUAAUCAGACCGCCGCCAGCUAUGAGGACCAUACCGAGAGCUGAAAAUGAGGCUUUACAUUAUGUAGCUAGCCUACUAAUUAUAAGGCGAAGAAUAUGGACUUAUAGAUACCCGAACCGCAGAGAUCAGGUUAAACGUGGGGAUAAAGAAAUAAGCUGGAUCGAGGAUAGAUAUAGUAGUCCUACCUUAAGAGGAAGGAUUCAAGUUCGGUUUAGCAUAAGAAAACGUGGAGAAAUGCAACCAUAUAAACAGAGGAUCUGCCGAAUACAGACAUGGCCGCCGUUUGAUGCAUGGCUAACUGGUUCGACGAUCAUCUUAGUCGCACGAUAUGGCACAGCUAUAAUGUCUCUCAGGUAAGUCAUAUAAACAACACGUCGAUUUACAUUAGAGCCCCAUUCCCCGUUUAGUUUGGAAGAAAGCGAGUCGGUUUCUAGAUAACUACCUAGGUUAGGUACCUAACCUAGCUACCAACAAUGAAGUAUAGGUUUCCAUCACUCUUCAUCGCGCUCAGUGCUGCGCCACUUGCUACCUCAGCUUCCCUCAUAAGUGAGCAAAUCGACUACGGCUCUUUGCACUGCCCUGAAGACGCCCUAUCCACCUUGGUGACGCCCACAUACGGCACUAAAGAAGCAAUAUUCACCAUCUGCUCUGAGCUUGUGAUCAACGCGAGGCCGCUGACCGCCUAUAACGCAAUUCUGGAUUUCAAGUCGUAUCCGGGAUGGAACUCGUUCAUAAUCGACGUAGCUCUCCCGGACAACGUCACGUCGACUCCGGAGGAUAUAUACGUUGGCAUGGCGAUGAAGUUUACCUCUAACGGCUUGAUUGGGGGGCUCAACACCACUAGCACGGAGGUCAUAAGCCUGCUUGACGCGUCUGGCGCCGAAGGCUAUCUCAUCAACGCGUGGCAUUACGACGACGGCAUAGGCGGCGUCGGGUCGCGGGCAGAGCAUCCAAAUGUCUUCGUCGAUUUAGGGAACGGGUCGACGCGAUACCUCUCUUACGAGACGUAUUACGCGGGUUUGACUACGGGCACGAUAGCUCUGCUGAAGCUGCAGCUACAGCGUCAAUGGGAUGUCCAAGCUAACGACUUAAAGACGUAUGUCGAAAGCCUUUAAAUUCUACAAUGGCAUCCGUUAAGGAAUGCUCAAACAUAGUCCCUAACUCCCUCCCUACCUACCUCCCAAUUAUUACGAUACUACCAUUAUAAUAGGUAAUCUACUAUGAUGUACCUUCAUACAACCAAAUCAGCUAUCACACAUACCUCAUCUGGUUAUCCUCUACAUAUCACGGUUUACUUGGAGGGAAC